GUGCAAGCACAAUUGGGUUCGACAAGAAUACGCCUCGGCUGGGAAGUUGACUACACUGACCAAUCAGUACUGUUCACCGUUUCUCAAUCAAGAAAGCCACUUGAAUACGUCAUUAUUGGCUUUUCCGAUCACGGCUUCCUAAACAACUCCGACAUUUGCAUAUACCAAGAUGGGCAACUGAAGGACGCAUACAUCGAUGGUGACUUUCAAAUCCAGUUCGACCGAAGUCAAGAUUGCCAGUUAGAGGGACAUCGAGGAAAUAAGUUUCAAUUCAGGCGUCGUUUUAGCACCUGUGAUCCCAAAGACUUUGCCUUUGAG